AUGGGAGACGAGCCUUACCGCAACCUAUCCCAGAGGCAUGACAGCCCGAACCGCCACAUGACGGUCGAGCAAAUUGUCGACACGCGCCUCUGUGUCAGCUCUCUCACUCCACAGCACUGUCACCUGAUGAUGGGCCAGCUGGAUGACCGGCAGAUCAAGAACGCCGUCUACGACCGGGCCCUGUGCUUUCCCUUCGACCAGUGGACCCAGAACAUUCGGCUCGCGUACGGCCAGCAGGUUCAGCACGACAACCAGGUCGUCGUCUCGUUUGAAAACAUGACCAAUCACAUGGAGAGCCUGUUUGCCACCUGGCGGGAUGUCUACUUCUUCAAGGAGGGCGACUUCGACAACAUCGCGGCGCACGUCAAGAGCUAUCUUUCCCCCUCUACUGACAACAUUGGCGUUUACGGAACCUACUCCGACCACACUGUCACCAAGAUCAACGCCCUUGCGGCUCUUCUCAAGAUUGGCAAGAUCAUCAUCGAGAUACCCAUCCUGACCUCUAAGCGGGGUCUGGCGAUGUUUGCGUAUGACCCUCUGAGUCGUGCCGUUGGCAACAUCCUCUCCACUACGACCACCAACGCCUCCCGACGUCAAAUCCUCGACCCUUCGAUGGAGGGCGAGUUCAUGGAGCUCACAAAGCGUGCCACUGCUGUCGGCCUUUUCCCCGGCCUCCUCAAGGCCCUAACCUCUGGAUCUGAUGCGAUUCCAUAUAACGUGCCCCGCGGCGAGCAGCUGAUGCCCAACAACAACAAGCGCGUCUCGACCGAUCAGGUUGUCCCGGCGGCCAAGAGGAGCAAGGUGGCCCAAGGCGGCCAGUACGCGGGCCAGGCUGCCAUCGACCGCGAGGGAGCUCCCACGCCUGGAUCUUCCCGCGCGUCCAGCCACCAGCCGCGAGGCAUCACCGAGGGAUGGGCCGCCGAGCCGAGCGGAUCGCGGAACCCCUUUUCGAGGCCAUCUUCCGCGGGGCCCGUGGCCAUGCCUUUCGCCAAGUCUGCAAACUCGACCCCCACCAGCAAGAUUAAGAUCGAGGGCGAGCACACCGAGCAAGAGCAGAUCGAGCCCAGCCUCCGGGACCUGAGUCAGGGCGCGGAGCUCCAGGGCAUCGCGAAGGGCGCCACGGAGUACCAGCCCGAGUCCAAGGAAACUCAGCAGCCGACCAAGGACGCAAAGGGACAGGAUGAUCAGGCCGAGGGCUUGCGCAACCCUGGGCCAGAGGCCCAGCAGCCCAACACCGAGGAGCAGCAGCAAGGAGAGGCAGCGCAGCAGUCACAGCCGCAGCAAAUCGAGCAGACCAACACGACCGACGAGGACAAACCAGCCUACGACGACCUGCUGCGUCGCGUCGAGACGGAGGUGUUCCACGCGCACGGCGACGAGCCGCCCGAGGAGCAGCUGCAGCGGGCGCCCGCCGUCACGGCGCUGGUCGAGGGCACGGCCGGCACGAUCCUGAAGCGGUUCCAGGAGCCUCAACGACACGCCUUCGCGCUGCUGUGGGUUCUCGAGAGCUGCGCGCUCAACCUGGGCGGCACGCCUCUCGCGGCCGAGGUCUCGCGCUGCGUGUCGCGGGACGCGCUCGUCGGGGCGCUCUGGGGGUCUGUCCGGCUGGCUAGUGCUUCUGAGUGUUUGCGUCUUCUCGACGUCAAGGAUCAUAUGGGAUCCGAGACCUUCGGCGAGAAGCUCGAGCGGAUCAUCCGGCAGAUGGACGAGACCGGCGUUGCUGGGUUCGGCCGACUGCGGUUCGUCGUGCCGAACAUGUGCUCUGGUGUCACCCUGCCUGUUCAAAACCCGCUGCAACAGCCUAAUACAAGUGACACGUAA